AUGUCAAAGCCACCAUUUACACAAGCGACUGCCCAAGAGAAAGUAAAGAAGGCACAAGAUUUGUGGAAUGCUCAAAACCCUGAAGACGUUGCAAAGGCUUAUACUCCCGACUGUAUAUGGCGCAACAGAGACCACUUCUUCAGCGGAACUGAAGCCAUUGUCGACUUUCUAACUCGCAAAUGGGCGACAGAAAAAGAAUAUCGCCUUCGCAAGGAGCUGUUUGCAUUCGGUGACAACAAGAUCGCUGUGCAAUUCUGGUAUGAGUUCAAGCACGCCGAGACCGGAAAGUGGAUGAGGUGUUAUGGUCUCGAAGACUGGACCUUUGCCGAGGACGGCAAGAUGCGCAAGAGACAAAUGAGUGGUAACAACAUCGAGAUCAGCGAGACUGAGCGUUGGUUCAAGGAUGGAGUUGAUGUGAACUCGGUGAAUAUUUCCGAGGCUCACUGGUAA